GUUACUUUGAAGAAUUUCUGGUAUCUCCAUAUCCUCAAGACUCUUUUCAUCGCGGCUAUCGAUGGGUUCCAAACCUCAUGCUGAACACCUCGACUCAGUCUCAGCGGUUACGACUUCGCCUUCUGAUGGCAAAGUGUCAACUUUACCAAAUCCUAGCGAUGACAUCAUCAGUUCCGACCCACCAACUGAUCUUCCAAUCGAUUCAAACGAUCGUACCACAAAUGUGAUGAGUUAUAUGCCACAUGCCCAACAAGCUCUAGCGAUCGGAGGCUCAGCAACCGAUUAUGGUUUUCAAAUCGCGAAAUCUUCAACUCAAUUCGGGUUCUCAAUCUCUCGUAAAAUCAUUGGAACAGUCUUUGAUACAUUAUCAGGUGUACCUCCUACAUUCAGUUUACAAGAAAACGAGUCAAGUCAAUCUAUCGUCUCUACUACUAUCAAUGCAGGUAUUUCAUUAGCAGAAUGGUGCGCAAUUCAAUCGAUCGGUCUAGGUCAACAGAUCUCGAAAACCAGUCUCGAUCUUGCUUCUUCUACUGUCUCUCGCCUGGAUGGGUUUUAUAAAGCCCAUCUCAGUGAUCAAUAUACUACUUUUAAAGCUCUUAAACUAUUUGUGAAAAUGAUACGGAAACAAUGGCGCGAAGAACCUGAUCAUGAUCCACCGGGUGGGAUUUCUCAAUUCGGAAUUCUGGAUAUCCUUAAAUCACUUUCUUGUUGGGCUUUACUUCAAAAUUUGACUAGUGCGAUCUAUUCAAAACGAAUCAUAGGAGAAUUGAAAGAAAUCAGUCUUUCAGAUCUACAAAACUUUUCGCAAGCAAACCAUCAAUCCGAUUGGACUUCAUCAGAAAAUGGUCUGCAAUUUGUAGUAGAUCAACAGCUGAAGACCGAGAAGAGUCAAAUUGAUGGGUCCUCACAAACUGAUGCUGAGAUCAUCACUGGUCAUCUCGUCCAAUCUACGAACGCACCCAAGUCCAAGAUCGAAGAUCGACCCUCAAACCCCAUCACAUCGGAUCAAUUGACACUGAUGAACUUCAAGAGUUACGCCGGACUAUGUUCCAGUAGCUAUGGAGGUAUAGGUUACUUGAUGUUCGGAAGUGGAGGCGGCCCCGCACGGAAAUCGGCACCUAAAAAUCCUAAGGAGCCUGAAAAUUCCAAGCAAGAAGAACAACUUCUAGACGAGAAAGAAAAAGGUUCCGAAGAGCUUACAAGGCAUGUAGGAGUAUUGAACGAUGAAAAAGGCGAAAGCACUAUGCCUGGAGCUUUUUCUGUUCCCGUCGCUCAAGCCGGUGAGCAAUCUCGAAGUGAAGAAGAGCAGGGGGAGCGAAAUGGUGGUGAUCAAGCGGUAUACCGAACAUGGGAUCUCCUCACGGGUAAACAUGAUCGAGAUCUCUUACAAGAUUUUGGAGAGUUACACGAAGAAACGACUGAGUCAAGCGAGUCACUGGAGUUUGAUUUGAUCUCUGAAACGAGUACUAUUGAUUGGUAUGAAGGCGAAUCAGAACCGACCGAAUCAAAACCUGCUCAACCAGAACCAGCUCAUCUUCCUUCAACUCGUCAAGCUCCUCGCUAUUUUAUUCUUACUGAUCAUGCACAAAAGAAAGUGAUCUUGUGCCUUCGCGGGACAUUUUCGAUUGAUGAUCUUGCCACCGAUCUUACCUGUGAAUAUCAGAACUUUAAUCCUACAUCUUAUUGGGAUGACCCUUAUCCUGGCACCUCUGAUGUGAAAGAAGAAAAGACAUUCAAGAUCCAUUCUGGGUUCGCAGAAGUGGCUCAAAUGAUUGGAAACUCAAAGACAGGUGCAUUGACUAAAAGUUUAUUUAAAGUUUUGAGAGACCUACCUGGUUAUAAACUCGAUUUAGUUGGGCAUUCAUUGGGUGCCGGUGUAGCAUGUAUACUGGCGCUUAUGUGGGCCGAGUUGAGUAAAAUGAGUUCAAUCCAUUCACUCGGCUACAUAUCACUUACCAGGAUGUUUUUUUCUAGUCCUAGGCUGGGAACCACGACAAGCAAAGGUGGUUUGCCUAUUGGUGUACCAGUUAAGGUUUAUGGUAUCGCUCCACCAUGUUCGGUUUCUGCUCAACUCUCUACAUUGAGUCGAAACAUGAUCAAGUCAUUUGUGCAUUCAACAGAUGCAGUUUCUAGAUUAUCACUUGGACAUAUCUUAGAUCUUAAAACUGUUUCUGCUUGGAUUUGUCAUUCUGAAGCUUUAACACGUCAAGAACAACAACAGCAACAAGAAACUACUUCAGAUUCGAGGGCUUCCUCGUCGGUUCCUAAAGCUGGAAUUUGGGAGAAUGUUAGAAAAUAUCAUGGGAUGAAGGAUCAGAUUUUGAAACAAGUGAAUGGAGUAGUUCAUGAAGAGAUGAAAGAACUUGAACAAAUUUUGAUUGCUACUAGGAAAACGUUAGAAGCAAAUCUAAUUCAUGCAGAACAAUUCCCACCCGGGGAAAUCUUUUGGUAUAUUUCAAAAGGAUCAGAUCUGAAAUUUCCAAAGUUACCUUUAUCAUCAUCAGAUAUGAAGAAACUAGAUAACAGUUCAUUAGGUGAUGAAGAUUGGUCAAAUGAAAAUGGAAGACUUUUUAAGGUGAUUGGUAAUGUCGAGAAAGUGUUUGAUCAAAUGAUUUUUUCUAGAGAAAUGUUAACAUGUCAUUUACCUCAAAGGUACUUGAAAGUUAUCCAAGAUGAGAUUUAAGGAAAAGAUAAACAAGCCAUCAGAUUGUAUUUAUAAACCAUUGAGGGGUAUCAACUUUUUUGUAUCAUUUUAGAUAUACAUGCAUGUUCGCAGUCAGGGUUGUAGCAUUAUUAUAGUGAUUUUGUUAGUAUGUACAAGAUAUUUCAAAGGUUGAUUAAUGU